CCUCGCCAAGAUGUCCGCCUUCAGAGCCAGCCGGGAAUUAAAAGUAUUCCUUACGCGAGAAGUUACCCAGCCGCUGAUAACCUCCCGCCAGACAGCGUGAAGGGUGCACAGCUCAGGCAGAACCCUGUUUACACCGGCCCUUUUCCUGCUCUACCCAUUUCCAGAGCCGCUCCUGAAGUAGGGGAAAGAUGCUGCAAACCAUUGCAGGGCACGGAUGGAGAUCGCAUUCUAGUAAACCUGCUCAAAAUGUACACAUAAGCAAAGCUGGAGUGGGCUUUAGCUUUGAGCUUACUGAUGAACAGAAAGAGUUUCAAGCUACUGCUCGUAAAUUUGCUGUAGAGGAAAUUAUUCCUGUUGCUGCACAAUAUGACAAAACUGGAGAGUAUCCUCUUCCGCUCAUAAAACGAGCUUGGGAACUUGGUCUUAUAAAUUCACACAUACCAGAAAGCUGUGGUGGUCUUGGCCUUGGCAGUUUUGAAGCCUGCCUUAUUACGGAAGAGUUAGCUUAUGGAUGUACAGGGGUUCAAACUGCCAUUGAGGCAAACUCCCUAGGGCAAAUGCCAGUAAUCAUUGCAGGAAAUGAGCAGCAGCAGAAAAAAUACUUAGGAAGAAUGACAGAGGAACCAAUGAUGUGUGCUUACUGUGUAACAGAGCCUGGAGCAGGCUCUGAUGUGGCUGGUAUAAAAACAAAGGCUGAGAAGAAAGGAGAUGAAUAUGUUAUUAAUGGCCAGAAGAUGUGGAUCACAAAUGGUGGGAAGGCAAACUGGUAUUUUUUGCUAGCUCGUACCAACCCAGAUCCAAAAGCUCCUGCAAGCAAAGCCUUUACUGGAUUCAUUGUGGAAGCAAAUAGCCCUGGAAUCCAAAUUGGGAGAAAGGAGAUGAAUAUGGGUCAGCGUUGCUCUGAUACAAGAGGUAUUGUCUUUGAAGAUGUGAGAGUUCCAAAAGAAAAUGUAUUAAUAGCUGAGGGAGCUGGCUUUAAAAUUGCAAUGGGAGCUUUUGAUAAGACCAGACCACCCGUAGCAGCUGGUGCUGUUGGGUUGGCAAAAAGAGCACUCGAUGAAGCUACUAAAUACGCUUUGGAGAGAAAAACCUUUGGGAAACCAAUUGUUGAACACCAAGCAGUGUCUUUCAUGCUCGCUGAAAUGGCAAUGAAAGUGGAACUGGCUAGGAUGGCUUACCAGCGAGCUGCAUGGGAGGUCGAUGCCGGUCGCAGGAAUACGUACUAUGCUUCCAUUGCAAAGGCAUUUGCUGGCGAUGUUGCAAACCAAGUAGCUACAGAUGCAGUGCAGAUUUUUGGAGGAAAUGGAUUUAAUACUGAAUAUCCUGUAGAAAAACUAAUGAGAGAUGCUAAAAUAUACCAGAUUUAUGAGGGAACUGCUCAGAUUCAAAGGAUGAUCAUAGCUCGUGAACACGUUGGCAAAUAUAAGGCUUAAAGAAACGUAUCAAGCACGUCUGGUGCUGCUGCAGUGUUCUGUGCUCUCAUGGAAGAGGAUUUUAGUGCAUUUCUCAAUACAGUUAGAAAGGUGUGGAAAAAACCCUUUUCCUUCGAAAUCUUUUUAUUGCAUACACGAUUAAGCACUACUUCUGUACUCCCCAUCCAUUCCCUCACUUCAUUCCUUCUGACUAACAAACUUGGUGUUUUCUAAACUUUUCUGAAUUCCAAUGUGAUUGGCUGUUGUCUUUCCCCACUCGCUCUCUUUCACUCAAAUCUUUGGCUUUUGGUGGGAGAAGAGGUAAACACCGUCCUGUAAAAUUGAUAUGAUCAAAAAAGUGAACAAAAUUCAGAUUUUUAAAUUUUUUUUUGGUCUGUGAAGGCAUUCAGCAUGUAACACGGAAUUGGUUUUCAGGCGUUUCUGUAUUGUCUAUAAUGACACAGAUUUGCUCCCACUGUUUUAGCACUGGAGUUUGGGUGGAUAUCAAAAUAACAAAUCUCAGGGAAAUUUAAAAAAGCAAUUCUGUUUCCUCAGGAAUACCGUGUUGCAGCACAUGGUCUCUAGGUUACCACUUGCUCAAAUAAAGAUGCUAACACUGUG